UAACACCUACCCAGUGGAGCACCAGAGAGGUGGUUUCAACAUUUUGAAUAAAUGUGGAAUAAUUUCAGAACACAUCAAUUUGUAGGCGUCUGCCUUUUUAAUAACAAAAAUUUGUAGUAUAAUGGUAAUGUACGCCAAACAUAACUGAUCUUGCAAACUUCAUUUUGCAAAAGCGAUAGCUUGACGAAAGAUGAAAAAGGGGGACCACCCAAAGGUAUCACCAACACUGUGGGGGGAAAAGAUCUGAAAAGGAAAUGUAAGAAUAUUUUCUAUCAGGUAAGGAAAAACCUUAUCCACAUUGGUAAAUUAAAUUGAAGCCAAAGGAAUUAUUGCUCAGUUUCUUUGCAUUAGUGACAAACAAAUGGCAUCCAUCACUCUAACUCCAACAAAGCAGCUCUCCCUGGAAUCAAAUGCCACGCAGACCCUAUCUCUGCUUGAACGAUGUUCGAGAAUGGAGGAACUCAAGCAGAUUCAGGCACAGAUGUUCAAAACAGGCCUUGUUGCAGAUACCAUCACAGUGAGCAGAAUCCUUACUUUCUGUGUGUCUCCGAAAUAUGGUAAUCUAGAAUACGCCCAGAUGGUUUUUGAUAGAGUAAGCAGACCCAAUACUUUCAUGUACAACACCAUGAUUAGAGGAUACUCAAACCACAAAGAACCAGAAAAGGCCUUUCUUCUAUAUCAGCAAAUGCUCUGUCAUUCAGUUCCACACAAUUCCUACACUUUCCCGUUCCUGCUUAAAGCUUGUUCCAGCUUGUUAGCCAUUGAAGAAACCAAGCAAAUUCACGCUCAUGUUAUAAAGUUAGGUUUUGGCUCGGAGGUUUUUGCCACAAAUUCCCUGCUUCAUGUCUAUGCAACAUCAGGCAGCAUCAAAGCCGCUCGUCUGCUAUUUGACCAGGUCCCUGAACGAGAUACUGUUUCUUGGAACUCGAUGAUUGAUGGCUAUACAAAGUGUGGCAAAAUGGAAAUUGCACAUGAAUUUUUUAAGGACAUGCCGACAAAGAAUGUCAUCUCUUGGACGACUAUGAUUUCUGGCUAUGUUGGGGCUGGCAUGUUCAAUGAAGCCUUGAAUUUAUUUCAUGAAAUGCAGAUUGAAGGUGUGAAACCUGACAAUGUGGCCCUGGCAAGCACUCUCUCUGCUUGCUCACAUCUUGGAGCAUUGGAUCAAGGCAGAUGGAUUCACGCAUAUAUUGACAGAAUAGGAGUUGAGAUUGACCCAAUUUUAGGCUGCGUUCUUAUAGACAUGUUUGCGAAGUGUGGUGACAUGGAAGAAGCUUUAGAAGUUUUUAGGAAAGUGAGGAAGAAAGAAGUCUCUUUAUGGACAGCAGUAAUCUCUGGAUUUGCAAUUCAUGGCCGUGGAAGAGAAGCGCUUGUAUGGUUUGACAAUAUGCAAAAGGUAGGAAUCCGCCCAAACCAUAUCACUUUUACUACAAUUCUGACAGCAUGUAGCCAUUCAGGACUGGUUGAAGAAGGAAAAUCCUUGUUUGAGAGCAUGGACAGAGUUCACAAGCUUAGCCCAACAAUAGAGCAUUAUGGGUGCAUGGUUGACCUACUAGGCCGGGCAGGGUUCCUGAGAGAAGCAAUGGGAUUGAUUGAGAAAAUGCCUGUAAAACCAAAUGCUGUCGUUUGGGGAGCACUGCUCAAUGCCUGCCGGAUGCAUAAAAAUGUUGAAUUAGGCAAAAAGAUAGGAAAAUUCCUGAUUGAAGAAGAUCCAAACCACGGUGGCCGAUACAUUCACUUGGCAAGCAUUCAUGCAGUGGCAGGGGACUGGGACCGAGCAGUUGAAGCAAGGAGGCAGAUGAAAGAUCGAGGAGUUUCCAAACUUCCUGGGUGCAGUGCAAUCAGCCUCAAUGGGGUUGUCCAUGAAUUUUUAGCCGGAGGCCAGUCCCAUCCACAGAUAACAGACAUUUACCAAAUGUGGGAUAGUAUUGGGGAAAGACUUGAAAAAGAAGGAUACAAACCUGCAUUGGGGAAUCUACUACUUGAUCUAGAGGAUGAAGCCAAUGAAAUGGCAAUCAAUCGGCACAGUGAGAGGUUGGCUAUUGCAUUUGGAUUACUUGGAACAAAACCAGGCACAACGAUUAGAAUUGUCAAGAAUCUUCGGGUAUGUGAGGAAUGCCACACGGUAACAAAACUUAUCUCCAAGAUAUAUGAUAGGGAGAUUGUCAUGAGGGAUAGGACCAGGUUCCACCUUUUUAGGGAUGGCAAAUGUACUUGUGGAGAUAAAUGGUGAGGAGGGAAAGAGCACCACAUUAUC